CCGGCGACCGCCGCCACCGCUGGCGCCACUGUCAAGAGCUCGGACCAGCCAGUCUGCCAUCUAGAAAAGUGCGCAAAACCCCACUUCUGGGAACCUAAAUGGAGUGAUGUCAAGGUUUCUCGGGACGUGAAAUUGAGAGUGAAAAGCAUGGCAGAUGAACAAGAAAUCAUGUGCAAAUUGGAAAGCAUUAAAGAGAUUAGAAACAAGACCCUGCAGAUGGAAAAGAUCAAGGCCCGUUUGAAGGCUGAGUUUGAGGCACUUGAAUCAGAGGAGAGGCACCUGAAAGAAUAUAAGCAGGAGAUGGACCUCCUGUUACAGGAGAAGAUGGCUCAUGUGGAGGAACUCAGACUGAUCCAUGCUGACAUCAAUGUGAUGGAAAACACUAUCAAACAAUCUGAGAAUGACCUAAACAAGCUGCUAGAGUCUACCCGGCGCCUGCAUGAUGAAUAUAAGCCACUGAAGGAGCAUGUGGAUGCCCUACGCAUGACUCUGGGCCUGCAGAGGCUCCCUGACUUGUGUGAAGAGGAGGAGAAGCUCUCCUUGGAUUACUUUGAGAAGCAGAAAGCAGAAUGGCAGACAGAGCCUCAGGAGCCCCCCAUCCCUGAGUCCCUAGCCGCUGCAGCUGCUGCUGCCCAACAACUUCAAGUGGCUAGGAAGCAGGACACUCGGCAGACGGCUACCUUCAGGCAACAGCCUCCACCUAUGAAGGCCUGCUUGUCAUGUCAUCAGCAAAUUCACCGGAAUGCACCUAUAUGCCCUCUGUGCAAAGCCAAGAGUCGGUCCCGAAACCCCAAAAAGCCUAAGCGGAAGCAGGAUGAAUGAAGAGGGGGAAAACAUGUGAAGCUGUGCUGAUCAUAACCCCUCCCUUUGGCCAGAGUGAUAGAUGUCCUGAUGUGAAAACACCUUUCCCCACCCCCACUGUCUCCUAUUUAAUGUGACAGAAGCACAACCCCUCUCUCACUUUACUUAUUUCUUUUUGCUCUUGGCAUUUCUGGUUUAGGAAGAGAUGUGGUUCAGGUGCUAAUGACUGUGUCUCAUGAUCCCUUCUCUCUCACCCACAUUUACACUGCUGCCCUUAUUUGGAGCUAAGGGGAGGGCAAGGAGCCCAGAUGUAAUUCUCUGUCUCAUGUGCCUGAGGCCUGGAAUCUGAGGAGAUGUAGGUUCUGAGGGCUGGAGUAGGCCUGUAUUUUGUUUCAGGAAAAUGCUCCAAUCUUUCUCUUCCCUGUACUUUUUUGCCUUAGGUUUUGAAGGGACAACAGUCUUCUUGCUGGGCUUCCUAACAGGCUAUAUGCAUAUAUCCUACCCUCAUCCUUAAGGCCUAGAGGUAGAUUGGACAAGACUUCCUUUAUAUAUUCAUUUGUGAGGCCUAGCUGUUAUUCUAUAGCUCGUCCCACUCACUUAUAUAUACUAAAUGUCUCAGGUACCAGGCCAUGUCUGGGUAUCCUGAGAUCUAUGGGUCUUUCCUCCAUACCUCCAGUCUUUGAAAAUCAGUAGACGUUUGCCACAGUGAAUUUAGGGAGCCAUACCUACUCUAUAAGUCUUACUUAACUCACUGCUUAAAACCCUGGGGCUGAGGCCUCUGCUAUAGAGGCUGCCUUAGGCUGAGGAACCCCAGGUUGACAUUUAGAUUGGCUUCUGUUCAAAACUAUUACUCUGGCACCAGUUUGAUGGUGUUUCAUUGAGAGGAGAGGAGUGGAUUUAGAUUCAAUUGAGUGUCAAUCACUUUACACAUGCACAUUGGUAGGGCUUCCCUUCCAUUCAUCUCUCCCUCUCCUGGAUCUGUCCAUUUCCAUAAAGCAGCCUCAGCUCAGGACAGCUUCUAGCCACCCUUUUCCUAUGGACUGUAUGGGUGGCCUUUCUUCCUAAAAGAAAUGGCACUGAGCUCCCAAGCCCCAACAGCUCUUCUCUCCACCAAAGCUAUGUCUCCUUGUUAAGUCACUCUUGGAUUUAAUGAAGGCAGCUGGGGGCUGGCUAACUGAAAAAAGUUUUAGCCUUGGGUCUCAGUCCCUGGCUAUGGAGGGGGAAUAUUUUUCCUUCUUUCUUUAACUGUAGUUUUCUUGCCACAGUGUAUGUGUUAAUAAUAUAAAACUUUCCUCUGCUCUUUGAAAGUAAGAGUGUUGUCGUACAAAUUCUUUUAAAUAAACAUUCGUUCAUUGGAGUAAA